UCUUCAUGGGUUUUUUUGUUUUUCAAUAUGCAAUAUUGUGUGCUUUUGGUCAUUUGCUAUUUAGUCUCUGUACUCGAAGUAUUUUUCAAUAGAACUAUGAAAAGAGAAUUAGAUCUUAAAAAAAAAGAAUGUAGGUAAUAUUGCUUCAAACUAAGAAGCACUCCAGCAAUGACUAAAUUUUAUCUGAACUGUCUUGUGAACCAGAUAUGUUCAUUUCUUUUGAACAUCUAAAAAGAUCUAUGCUACAAAGUGUGUGAAACUAAAAGAGAAAUGAGCUCACCAAAAGUGCUAUUACAGCUUGUCUAUUGGGAAAGAACAAAACCAUAUAUCUAAAAAGACUUCAAAUUAUACCAAAUAUAACCAGAAAUGUUCUAAUUAACUUCUGAUUUCUAGAAAAGACCAGCCUCUUCACCUAAAAGGGAAGAAGCAACAGAGGAAACAAGGAGAAAAACCGAGACCAAAGCAAGCAGAGCAUAGAUUAGGAUUGAUGAUGUCAGCUAUUUCAGUGGGCACAGUGCUCUCUUUAGCUUCUUUCAUGCUGGGCCCCUUGCCACCUUCAGGUGUCAGAACAAGUAUCACUUCUUCAGAGGGCCCUCCCUCUAAAGUUGGUCUCCCCUAGUUAUUCUCUACAUCACCCUAUUUAUUUCCUUUACAGCACCUACUUCAGUCAUCCAACUUCUUUGUGGUCUCUAUCCCCCACUAGAACUUGCACGCCAUGAAGUUAUUCCAUAACCAAGCACAACGCCUGCCAUAUUGAGAGCACUCAGUAUGUGCUGUAUAAAUGAAUCAGUGCCUUUGGGCAGUAGAUGGACUACAGACAAACUGUAGGUUCUGUUUUGGUAGCAGGAAGCCAUCUAUGUCAUACGUUGUCCCUCAAUAGCUCUAGAAAACCUAGACUGUAAUUAGAGAUGUACCAUGCUGCCGUGAGGGUAAUGCCAAAUUGUUACUGCAUUCAGACAGAAAAAAAACCUGUCCUUACCAUAACUAAAAACACUCACUAUUGUGGUUAAUGUAUUUGGUGAUAUUUUUAAUUAGCUUUUAUGCUGUGUGGAUAAAAUGUGUAACCCCACCCCCCCACACCCCCGUAAGUCUUUUCCAUUGGCUAAGAACCAAGAGUGUGACAAGCAAUGCGAAGUUCUCUAACGGAGAUACUGAGCCACACUUGAAGGUUCUGUGAGAGGCCUGUGAGUUUGCCUGAGGCUGAAGAUUCCAGUGUUCUAUGGUCUCUUUCAACUGUGUAAGUAUAAUCCUGCUGCUGCCCUUGCUUUCCAUCUGACACUUGUUUUGAGAGGCAGAAAGGAGACAGGAGUGUUGCUCUUUGAGCCUCCUCUUUUGGGCCAGUACUUCCAAGAACAAAUGUCGAGCUAGAUGUCGAGUAGUGGGGGUGAUAAAAGAGCACCCACUACUCGGAGGGUGACAGGAAUGGGAACUGCCCAGUCCCGGUAAACAAGCUGCAUCUUGUCAGUCCCGUUCAUCACGCUACCCUCUAGGCAGUCGCUUUUUCGACUCUUCAGCAUUUAGGAGUCACGGUAAACUGCUCUAGCCAUAUCACCGCGGUCCACGAGAAAGCGGCCCACAAUGCACACCCGCAUAGCGACAAAGAAUAAUUAUCAAGAAAUCCCCCAGGGGGCGGUGAAGCGCUGAGGAGCGUCAGGUCUGCAAGGUCGUGCGGUCUGUCUCGUGACAAACUCUGACGCCCAACCAGAAGGGUCCUGCGAAAGAGGUCGGAAACGGCUCUACACCUUUGGGACCCACGAUGGCCUGUAGCUCCUAGCUCAAGCGUAUGGGCAUAAGGCCUGUGCAUCUGACAUUCGGUGAGGUUCAUUCUGCGUCCCCAGCUCCCCCGCCGCCACUUGGGUGCGACGUGGGUAUGUCGGCGGCCACAUCUGUGGCCCGGCGCAGGCUAAACCCAGAACGAAUUUUCGGGUUGACAGAAGUAAACUAACAAGACACUUUUCACUUCUCACUCUGUCGUCCCAAAGGUCUCCCUUUUGGGGCAGGACGGAGAAGAACUCUUAAGAACCUGCACACGCUGCACGAAAGAGCAUUCAAAUACCGCUUCCGGUCGCCUGAGCGGAGCCAGUAUCCCGUCGUCCUCUCGCCCGGCGUUGCGCGCUGCAGCCGCUCUGGCCAGCGGCCCGCAUCUCUAUGGGUAACCGGGAAUGUAAACAAGGAUAAGCUGUUUCCUGAUGGCUUUUAGUACAUACUGACAUAUUGUUUGUGAUGGCAUCCGAGACUGAGAAGACCCAUGCUUUACUCCAGUCUUGUAGCACUGAAUCUCUUAUUUCUAGCAUUGGUCUGGGGAUAUUUUGCCUAAUGGCUGACAGACUACUACUACAGAUUUCCAUAAUUCAGCAAAAUGACUGGCUUCGUGCUCUCUCAGAUAAUGCAGUGCAUGGUGUGAUUGGCAUGUGGUCGUGGGCAAUAGUCAUUGGAAUUAAGAAGAAGACUGACUUAAGAGAAAUCAUUUUAGCUGGAUUUUUAGCCUCUGUUAUCGACGUAGACCACUUUUUACUAGCUGGAUCCCUAUCGUUAAAGGCUGCUUUGACUCUUCCGCGAAGACCAUUUCUUCAUUGUUCUACCGUGAUACCUGUUGUGGUCCUGACCCUGAAGUUUACUAUGCACCUUUUCAAGCUCAAAGACUCAUGGUGCUUUCUUCCCUGGAUGUUACUUAUAUCCUGGACCUCACACCACAUCCGAGAUGGCAUUCGUCACGGCUUGUGGAUAUGCCCGUUUGGAAAAACUUCUCCUUUGCCAUUCUGGCUUUAUGUCAUAAUCACAUCAUCUUUACCUCACAUCUGUUCAUUGGUUAUGUAUUUAACAGGGACCAGACAAAUGAUGUCUUCAAAACAUGGAAUUUAUAUUGAUGUCUGAAGUAACCAUAUGGCUGUCUUAGAGAAUCCAAUGAUUCAGACAAUGAUAAUUAAGAGUAGCCAACAUUAAAGUGAACUUUAAAAAAACAUAUUAGGUACUUAUAUUAAUUAUUAUAAUUCCUGAAUCCUCUUGCUCAGGAGGCAUGUACAAAUUUUUUUUAAUUAUAUAUUUGUUGUACUUAAUUCUACUUCUCUCUUCUAUAACACUCUAGUGCAAUAUUGUAGUUUCAUUUAGUUAAUGAUGUGUUUUUUAUUGUUUCUUCUGUUUAUCUGGCUUUACUAAUAGCUCUAUCAGAGUAACAUCCAAUUAAGUUUGGAAAUAUAGCUUUAAUAUAAUCCAUUUCCAGAUGAAAAAAAGUUCAAAUUUUAGGGUGGCUGAUUUGUGGAAAGUUAGCACUAUAUUUGGGUCCACAUUUUCCUGAGAUAGUGACACAAUAAAAUGGCCAAAAUAAAUGAGAUCAUGAAUAAGAUAUACAGAGAAUGCUAACAUUUGUUUUGUCAUAUAUGUUGACCCUGACUGAAAUUUAAUUUGCCAAGUGCUUUAGUGAGUUGUAAUUACUGGCAGAAUCUGCUUCAGUACACUUGUGAAAAAUCAUUAUAAUAUUCAUAGAAGAUAGUAACUAACAUUAGAUCUAGGUUAUUGUUCCAGAAAUCACUUUAGGAAAUUAUUGUAAUAUGUUGGCAAUAGUAACAUCUUCCUGAAGUAUUAGUUUUUCAGUAUCUUUGCCCAAAAAUCUCAUGUAUUAGGGUUUUAACUGUUUUGGAAAAUAUAACUAAAUUUAACACAAUAUUUAUUGAAAAUUAACUAACAAAAUAUUGCUACUUGGCUUAUAACCAUAGAAUUUUAAUUGACACAAAAAAAGACUUCCCAGUAAUGUCAUUUCGAAUGUAAACUCCUGAAUGUGCCCUUAAAAUGGUUUUAGUUGCUGUCGAUUUGUUUACAUACUCCUAAAAUAUUAUACCAGUUAAAUCAUUUUGUAAAAACCUGCCUGAUACUGACAGACAAAAAAAUUUUUUUUCAGUGUAAAGUACUUUUAGAAAAUUUGAUUUUUGCUUUUUUUCAGGUUGAUCUUCUGUUGAAAAUGAUUAGCCUUUAUUAGAGAAGGAAAUUUAGUUGCUGUAAAUUUUACAUUUGCACAGUUUAAUGUUACUUUGAUAUAAAAGUCAGUGCCCCAAAGUCACCUGCUAUUGUUUGUAGCAUAUGUGUCAUCUGCUGUCUUCAUAUUUUCUUACACAUUUGUUAUUUGUAAUGUUAGUGAUUGUGUGCCUUAUUCUCUGAGAAAUGAUGCAGCAAUGCCUUUAUCCAAAGCAGAAUUUUCUUACUUAUUAAGUGAAACAGAGUUCUGUAAAUUGUUCUAAAGGUUCAAGCUUUUUAGUUUUUCAUUUUGUUUUUAAUCAGUUGGUUUCAGUCUAUUAGGUUUUAUAAUCUGUUAUCUUUUGAGAGCAAUUAUUGUGUCAGUUUGGUGGGUUUAAUAGUAAAUAUUAUAUAGUGGGAGUAAAUUUGAUUAAAGUAGAGAUUUUUUAAAAAGCAUAUGAAAUCAGAAAUCCGUGGAAAUAAAGCAUAUAUCUUAAGUAA